UGAUCACAGAUGGAACCUUCGUACGUGUACAAACGGCCCAAACGUUAUCAAAUACUUCCCCCCUUUCUCCUUCUUGCAAGUUGCAAACAACCACCAAAAUUAUUGUUCGUUUCUCUCACUAUCACUUCACCUCCACUCUUCAUUUCUCCAACCGUACUCUCACUGCAAUUCCUCCAUUUUUCAGAUCUAAAUCCCAAACAAACGUCCAAUUAUGUAAAUUGUACCACCAAAAAACAACAAAUGGGUUGAUAAAAGAAUUUGAAAAAUGAUGGAUUUCACUUGGUAUAACCCAAUGUCUAGAAGAAUUCCAAGGAGUGUUUGGUUAGGGUUCCAAAAAUCAAUGGGUCUCCUCGUGGGUGGAAACCACACCUCUUCCAGGUUUUGUACUCGCUCGAUGAAAAUGGUGGGUGGAGUGCAGAAAUUUGGGGGUUUUAAGGUAGUGAAAUGGCAAGCUUUUAAUGGGUCUUUAGCUAGAAGAUUGGCCAUUCGAACUUUGUUGUUUGCGCUUGUCAUUUCCAUGUUGCCCCUUUUGCAACUUGUGAUUGAUGUGGAUCCAGCAAAACCCAUGUUUUUGAGCUCUGAUGCAUGUGACUCUGAAAUGGGUUAUAUGGAUCCGAAUUCGAUAGUGGGUUGGGUUCUAAAACCCAUUGCUCCGAUUGUAUUCCCACGCCGGAUGUCCGGAAUGUGCAAGGACAAUGUGAAUUUGACUAUUGAUGUGGUGAGGGAGCUUAUGGGGAAGAAUUUGCUCAAUUAUGGAGCAAAAGCCCUUUGUAUUGGGCAUGGGACAGCAUCGGCUGUCUCGGCAUUGCGUGAAAUGGGGUUUUCGAAUGUUGAUGAAAUUCAGAGGCACCCAUUCUUCAUGCUUAGGCAAAAGCAAGUUGUUUGUGAACUUAAUUUUGGUGACAAUUCGUUUGAUUUUGUCAUUGCAAAGGACCUUAGUAAGGUCUCAGUUCCUGCUGUUCUUGUGAGUGAAGUGGAGCGCAUUCUCAGAUCCGGUGGCACUGCAGCUAUGCUUGUGGGUAGUGCAGGUUCUAAUCAUGAUAGUUUGAUUAGGUCUGCUACUAUGGUUUCAUCCUUUUUGAAACGUUCCAAUGUGAUUGAUGUUGUAAGUUUGGGCAGUUUCACCUUGGUUGCAUUUAAGAAGAGAGGUCACAAGUUGGGUUCUUAUGAACAGUAUCACCUGCCGACAAACUGUCCUUCUAUCAAGCGCAACAAACCUAUAAUGAAUAAGGUGGAACCUCUUGUUGACAAGAAGCCAACGUCCAGUGAUCACAAAAUUGCAUAUCUACCUAACUUUGUGGGUGUACCCUCUAAGGGGAAGUUGGUUUAUAUAGACAUGGGUGCAAAGGAAACUGCAAAAUUUAGCAAUAGCAAUCGUUUCCUGCCCACCUCAUACCCUAUCGAUUCAAAAAAUUUUAGUGUUUACAUCGUUGAUCAUGAUGCAUUGGUGCUGUCUUCCCAUGUUAACAGCCCUGGUGUUACCUUCAUUUAUCACCCGGGGUUGGGUGAAAGUGUUGCAGAAGAAAAAUUAAACUCUUUUAGAGAUGAAGAGCCACUUGUUGACGAUCAGGAGUUUGAUUUCCUUGUUUGGUUCAAGGAAACUGUUGAAUUUGCGGAUUUUGUGGUCUUGAAUAUGAAUAUGGGAAAAGCGAAAAUGAAAUUUCUAUCGGAAUUGUUUGAAAGUGGCAUAAUUUGCUAUGUUGAUGAGCUGUUCCUGCAAUUCUCCGAUGCGGACCAUGAUGAUAAUGGUGGUAUUGGUGAUAGCUACAUCAACCUCUUUAAGAGCCUCAGGAGCGUGGGUGUGUUUGUCCAUCAAUGGUGGGGCAAUUGAGUCACCUCAAGUUUCAGCAAGCUCGUGUUAUUAUUUCUUCUUUUAAUAAAAUACCUCCCAACUCUGGUCCCUUGAGGCAUUGUUGCGUGGUAGAUCAUGUAUGAUGUUGUUUAAACUAAACCAUUAUGUUGAUCAUCGUAAUGGAUUUCGUGUUUUGUUAUCUUUGUAAUUUGUAAUGGUAUUAAGGAGUUUGCUGUUUUUCAGUCA